CUGACGGUUCAAAGUGCCAACGGUCGUCACUCAGAUGUGCCCGUUUGUUUCAGGACUCCGACGUCCGAAGACGACGACCGCAAGGACCACAGUCAACCGGGAUUAAUGUCUUACAGUAGUAAUAGUUUAUAGGCAUCAACAUGGACUGGCACAUUUUCAUAUGUGCGUUAAUAUUUUUCGUGAUAUCAAACACGGAGCAAAGAGCAACAAGACUUAAAAGAUCCGAACACGUACCGCCAUUCGCAGUGCCAACCUUCCGUAGGGAUUCCGUUGAAAAGAUUCCUGAUUUCGAGUACAACUUCGACAGAAGCUCACCUUACAGAUACAGAAGUUCCCUGCCGCUCAGAUCAGCUGUGGAAAGCAUACCAGAUGCUAUCCAAUCAACCAGAAGACUGCCACUGAGAGACGCGGUGGAAAGAAGACCACCACCAGACGAACCGUUUGAUCCGGAAGUAGACACCGAGAUAGUCGACCCCAACGUCUACAGAAAAGAUCCGUUGGAGAAGUAUGGAAUAUACGAAGCCAUUCCCCCAUUCCAAGGAGGACGUCCCUAUAAUCUCCACCCUAAUGGAGUCAUCAGUCACAAUUUACCGCCCAAACCUCACCACUACAGCCAGCACACCUACUACACCCCCUACAAUCACUUCCAAAACCUCAUCGGCGACUACAGGAGCGCCGCACCUUACAGAAUUGACAACGGAUACCAAACUUUGUACGCACAUAACGCCAUACCGAGAGGAAGCAGAAGUUUGUACCCCAGCAAUCCGUUCUUUCGUAAAGCGGUGAACCACAAUCAGUUCGAAGAUGAUGAAGGAUCCAAACGUAUAGUUUGUUACGUUCAAGGAGCCGCCGCCUACAGAAAAGAACCCCUGACGUUCACCCCGGAAGAUUUGGAUCCGUUCGCGUGUACACACGUUGUCUACGCCUUCGCUUUCAUCGACCCUCACACCUACAACAUGAUCUCCAACGACGACGAAUUCGAUAUUGUCCAAGGAGGAUAUCGUGCAGUUUCCGGCUUAAAACGUAUCAACCCCAAACUAAAGGUUCUCAUUUCCGUCGGCGAGGCAAGAGAGGACAGCUCAAACAGAUUCACCAACAUGGUGUCAAGUGCAAGCAGAAGAAGGGACUUCAUCAGGUCGGUAAUAAGCUUCAUCAAAACGUACGACUUUGAUGGAUUGGACAUCGACUGGCAAUAUCCGGGAGCGGAAGAACUAGGUGGACACGUUAGUGACAAGGAGUACUUCAACUUAUUUUUGGAAGAACUGUCGGAAAUCUUCAAAGAACACGGUUGGCUUCUCACAGUUUCCGCCCCAGCUUCCCGUUUUAGAAUCGAAGACGGUUUCACGCCUUCCAAACUUGCUGAAGUGGUAGAUUUUGUGAACGUCGAAGCUUAUGAUUUUCAUAAAGAUAGGGAACCAGUCGCCGAUCACCACUCGAAUCUUCACUCAAGACCCGGAGAUUCCGGACUUAAUAUCUUCCUUAGUGUGGAUUAUGCCGUGCAUUUCUGGCUCAAGAAGGGUCUUCCGAGGUCUAAAUUAGUUGUUGGAUUACCAUUCUUUGGAAGAUCAUUUACGUUGCAAUUCGCCAAUGAAACUGGUCUUGGAGCCGCCAUUAAAGGGCCAGGCAGAGAAGGAUUCUACACUCAAACUCCCGGUUUACUAGCUUACUUUGAAAUUUGCGAUUUGGUACUAAAUGAAGGAUGGUACAGAAGCGAAGACAGCUCUGGUUCCCCUUACGUCGUCAAUGGAGACCAAUGGGUUGGAUAUGACGAUGAAGAGAGUCUCCAGAAAAAAAUUAAAUAUAUUAAAGAUAAUCAAUUGGGAGGUGUGUCAAUUUGGUCAACAGACAUGGACGAUUUCAAAGGAUUGUGUGGAGAAAAAUGGCCUUUGCUCACUGCAGUAAACAAACAUCUUAAGGGUAUUGAAACUCCCGCAUUGUAUGCUGACAGAAAUCCACCAACUAAACCAUACGGUUCUUGCAUUUCCAACGGUUUCUAUAGCGACCCCAAAAACUGCGCCGCUUAUUACAUCUGCAAGAACAGACUUAGCUAUCAUUUAUCUUGUGGUGAAAAAAUGAUGUUUGAUCCCGUAACUGGAAGAUGUGACUAUAUUGGCCCAGAAAGAUGCAAACCUGGUCAAUCGUCAUAUAUUCCCAACAGUCUGAAGGAAAUCGAAAAUACCUUGUUAAGAGCUGAAGCUGUAAAAGACAACAGUCCAAAGGUUGUAUGCUACAUGACGAAUUGGGCUUUCUAUAGAAAAGGAGAAGGCAAAUUUGUGCCCGAACACAUUGAUCAAACACUUUGUACUCAUGUAAUCUACGCUUUUGCCAGUUUGGAUCCAGAGAAACUUUUGGUCAAAGAAUUUGAUCCUUGGGCAGACUUAGAUAACAAUCUAUACGAAAGGGUUACGUCCCUCACCGAUACCAAAGUGUUGCUCUCACUUGGUGGUUGGACCGACUCAGCUGGUGAUAAAUAUUCAAGAUUGGUUAGCGAUGGAUCAGCACGCAGAAGAUUCGUCGUUGGGGCUGUAGGCUUCCUGAGAAGACACGGAUUUAAGGGAUUGCACUUCGACUGGAACUACCCCGUGUGUUGGCAAAGUAAUUGCAAGAGGGGACCAGCUUCUGACAAGGCAAACUUCGCUAAACUCAUCCAGGAGUUGCGUAAAGAGUUCGACAGACAACAACCACCUCUAAUAUUAGCUGCAGCUAUUUCUGGUUACAAAGAAGUUAUUGAUGUAGCUUAUGAUUUGCCUGCUUUAGGAAGAACUGCUGACUUUUUGUCUGUAAUGUCUUAUGACUACCAUGGCGCAUGGGAAAGACAAACCGGACAUGUUAGUCCAUUGUAUGGACAACCUGGGGAUAAGUAUCCACAAUAUAACACCAAUUAUACGAUGGAAUAUUUAGUGUCAAAGGGUGCUCCAAGAGAAAAGCUUCUUAUGGGUAUUCCAUUUUAUGGACAAACAUUCACAUUAGCCAAACCAAGUAAUUAUGGAGUAGGAAUUUCUACAGCUGGACCUGGAGAAGCCGGAGAAUACACAAAACAACCAGGCAUGUUGGCAUACUAUGAAAUCUGUAACAGAAUUAGAAACAACAGAUGGAUUGUGAACAGAGACGCAAGUGGACCUUAUGCACAUGCCAGAGAACAAUGGGUCGGCUAUGAAGAUGACCAAUCUGUUAGGGAAAAAGCCAGUUAUAUAAAACGUAAUGGUUUUGGUGGUGCAGUUGCUUGGACCAUCGACUUGGAUGAUUUCUCUAACAGAUGUUGUGGAGGAUCUUUUCCUUUAUUAAGAAACUUGAAUAAAGAACUCGGACGUAUUUCCAGCAUUCCACCUCCAGGUGAUUGUACCAAGCCUCCAGCGCCUUCAACACCUGCACCACCAAUCACUACAACUGGCAUUGAUUCUGGCGCUAGUUCCACCGAACAUGUUCACGGGGAAUGGACAACGGCAGCUACCAAACCUACUACUACUUCCCCAUGGUGGACCACAACAAGUAAGCCCACCACUAAACCAACAACUACAAGUCCAUGGUGGACAAGUACAACAACUACGACAACAACAACAACAACUCAAAGAAGUACAACACCAUGGUGGGCAACAACAACUAAACCUACUACGUCUAGGCCUUCAACCACUCCACCAGUUUGGGAGAGACCUCAGAACACUCCCGCUCCAGCUUGGGAAAGACCUCCGGGUACGACAAUUCCACCUCCAGCUGUCAUUAUGCCAGAACUUGACAAACCUGUUACGGAAUGCGAAACUGGACAAUAUCUGCCGGAUCCUAAAAAUUGCAAUGCUUUCUAUCGAUGUGUACUUGGAGAACUUAGGAAGCAAUACUGUGCAGGUGGUCUUCACUGGAACAAAGAAAAGAAUAUCUGUGAUUGGCCAAUGGAAGCCAAAUGCAAGAUACAAAAACCUGGACAAACGACGCCUAGGCCAGUUAAGCCUCACACUACGAUUCAAAGUUGGCAAACCAAGACCACUCCAAGUUACGUACCACCUACAACCACCCAAAGGAUUACUACUGCAGCGCCAGCACACUUGCAGGAUGAAACUUGCAGCAAUGGACAAUACUAUCCUCAUGAAUCAUGCACCAGCUUUUACGUUUGUGUCAAUAACCAACUCCUCGGACAAAGUUGCGCUCCUGGACUCAGCUGGAAUGUUGAGGAUGGAAGGUGUGACUGGACUUACAAGGUUAAAUGUAUCGGAAGAAAAGAACUGUCUGAAAAAUAUACUAGUGGUAAAUGGACUAGUGCAAUAGGUUCAGCUCCACAACCAUAUUCUAGCUGCACUGAAAAUAUUUUCGCUGCUGUACCUGGAGAUUGCACUCAAUAUAUGCAAUGCCUUUGGGGUAAAUAUGAAGUCUUCCAGUGCGCCCCUGGUCUUCAUUGGAAUAGCGAAAAGAUGAUUUGUGACUGGCCAGAUAAAGCACAGUGUCAAGAUAACAGUAUAGAAGGAGAGGCACCAUCAAAACCAGUGUACAAACCAACACGUCCACCAUCCACAACUCCUCCAUCUUACAGACCUGAAUCCACAACUUAUCCAGAAUGGAAACCAGAGAGUACAACUCAAUGGAGACCACCAUCAACUACAACAACAGAAAAUUCUGGCAACAACUGGGAAUGGCAUCCUCCAAUUCCUCCAACCUCAGAACAACCACCUUUGUCUGAAGAAUUGAAACCUCAAUCCGGUUAUUUCAAGGUAGUCUGCUACUUCACUAAUUGGGCUUGGUACAGAAAGGGCGUUGGCAAAUAUUUGCCAGAAGAUAUACAUCCAGAUUUGUGUACUCACAUUGUAUACGGUUUUGCUGUACUGGACUUCUCCAAUCUUAUUAUCAAAGCUCACGAUUCUUGGGCUGACUUCGACAACCAAUUCUAUAAGAGAGUUGUGGCAUUUAAAGAAAAGGGUGUUAAAGUUUCUAUUGCCAUUGGUGGUUGGAACGAUUCUCAGGGCGAUAAAUACUCCAGAUUAGUCAAUGAUCCAGGAGCAAGAGCUAGAUUUAUUACUCAUGUUGUAGCUUUCCUAGAAAAAUGGGGCUUCGAUGGUUUAGAUUUGGAUUGGGAAUAUCCAAAAUGUUGGCAGGUGGAUUGUAAAAAGGGUCCGGACUCCGAUAAAGAAGCAUUCGCGGCAUUCGUAACAGAACUGAAGGCAGCUUUCAGACCUAAAGGCUUCUUGCUGUCAGCUGCUGUGUCACCAAGUAAGACUGUAAUUGAUGCCGGAUACAACGUACCAGUUUUGGCCGAAAAUCUUGACUGGGUAGCCGUCAUGACUUAUGAUUUCCACGGUCAAUGGGACAAACAAACUGGACACGUUGCACCUCUAUACUAUCAUCCUGAUGAUGCUGUUGCUUUCUACAAUACUAACUCAUCGAUCAACUAUUGGAUAUCCGAAGGAGUUCCAAGAAGGAAAAUUGUCAUGGGUAUGCCAUUAUAUGGUCAAUCGUUCAUGCUGGAAAAUGAGGCUGAACACGGAUUAAAUGCUAAAGCACCCGGACCAGGUGAAGCUGGAGAAUUUACAAGGGCGGCUGGUUUCCUCGCAUACUACGAAAUUUGCGACAACCUUAAAAACAAGGGUUGGACCGUUGUUAGGGAUCCAGAAAGACGAAUGGGACCUUACGCCUACAAGGGCAACCAGUGGGUGUCUUUCGAUGACCAGGAAAUGAUCAGAAUCAAAUCCGAGUACAUUAGAAAAAUGGACCUUGGAGGUGGUAUGAUAUGGGCGUUGGAUUUGGACGAUUUCAAAAACAGAUGUGGAGAAGGUCGUCAUCCUCUGUUAACCAUCAUAAGAAACGUUUUGGCUGAUAAAGGCACCGGUGUCGCCGAAGUUCCUCAGGUGCCUGAAGUUGGGCCAGAGACAAAACCGGAGGCUGUGGUUGUAGAACCAGAGCAACCAGAAACUUCGGAAUUGGAGGAACCGAUGGAACCGAUUGUUGAUGACGGCAACAAGGUUAUAUGCUAUUUUACCAACUGGGCUUGGUUGAGACAAGGCAGUGGAAAAUAUUUCCCGAAUAACAUCAACAGCGAUCUUUGCACUCAUAUCAUAUAUGCCACUGCUGUUUUGGAUCCAGAGCAACUAAUCAUCAAGCCAUUGGACACUUGGACCGACAUUGACAACAAAUUCUACGAGAAGAUAACAUCAUUUAGAUCCAAGGGACUAAAGGUACUACUCUCAAUUGGAGGCUUCGCCGACUCUGCCAUGGAUAAAUACUCAAGGCUGGUUAACAACCCAUCUUCCAGACGCAAGUUCGUUACUCACGUUGUUGACUUCCUUAAACUCUACAACUUCGAUGGUUUGGAUCUUAAUUGGCAGUACCCGAAAUGUUGGCAGCAAGAUUGCAGUAAAGGACCAGACUCUGACAAGCCAGCGUUCACUGAUUUAGUGAGAGACUUGAGCUACGCUUUCCGAUCAAAGGGUCUCCUGCUGUCUGUUUCUGUUUCACCAAGUGCUAGAAUAGUUCCAGAAGCGUACGACAUUCCUCAGCUUUCGAAGUACGCAUCUUGGAUUAAUUUGAUGACGAAGGACUUCCACGGCGAGUGGGAGGAAAAUACUGGACACGUUGCCCCAAUGUAUGUUAGACCUGAUGAUUUAGACCCCACAUUCAACACGAACUAUUCUAUUAACUACUGGAUUGAUAAUGGCGCUGAAAGAAGUAAAUUGGUGCUUGGAAUUCCAUUAUAUGGCAACUCUUUCACUUUGGCUGAUCCACAGAAUAAUGGACUUAAUGCCCCGACUAUUGGUAGUGGGGAAGCUGGAGAUCAAACCAAAACCAGAGGAUUCUUGGCAUAUUACGAGAUUUGCAAUAACAUUCUGAAUAAAGAUUGGAAGAUCGUGCGUGACCGCAAGGGUAGAGUUGGACCUUAUGCCUACAAAGGCAACCAAUGGGUUGGAUUUGAUGACAUCGGCAUGAUAAGACACAAAUCAGAGUACAUAAAGGCAAUGGGACUUGGUGGCAGCGUAGUUUGGGCAUUAGAUCUAGACGAUUUCAAGAAUGAAUGCAAUUGUGAAUCAUAUCCGUUACUGAAGACCAUCAACAGAGUAUUAAGAAAUUAUCCAGGUCCAGCACCAAAGUGUGUCCUAGGAAAACCUUCGAAGAAGCCUGUACCCACUACAACAACUACUACGACUACUUAUACACCUCCAACAAGCGCAAUAGUAGCUGAAGAACCUAACUACGUUAUCGUUCCAGUUAAUCAAAGCUCUUGUUUGGGUAGAUUAUUUAUGCCAUCACAAAACUGUAACGAAUACUACGUAUGCGAUCAAAGCCAACUGCAUCUACAAGUAUGUCCAACUGGAUUGUAUUGGAACAAAGACCACUGUGAUUGGCCAGAGAACACUCCGUGUCACCCAGACGCACUAACCGAAGAACCUCCUACCAGUUCUCCAACCAAACCACCAACGCAAGUAACGACAGUUCAACCUGUUUACUCGCCAACAACAAGUAGGCCUUCUUAUCCAGGAACUUCUUCACCUCCUGGUGAUUACAAAGUAGUUUGUUAUUUCACAAACUGGGCUUGGUACAGACAAGGAGACGGAAAAUACUUGCCAUCAGACAUAGAUGCUUCCCUUUGCACCCACAUAGCUUACGGUUUCGCCGUUUUAGACGCAAACACGUUAACAUUGAAACCCCACGACACGUGGGCAGAUAUCGACAACGACUUCUACACCAAAGUAACCGCAUUGAGAGCGAAAGGAGUGAAAGUGGUGAUCGCUUUGGGUGGAUGGAACGAUUCGCUGGGUAACAAAUACUCCCGUUUGGUGAACGAUCCGGGUGCUCGACAAAGAUUCAUCCAAAACGUCGCACAGUUUAUUGAAAAAUGGGGCUUCGACGGUCUCGAUUUGGACUGGGAAUAUCCAAAGUGUUGGCAGGUUGAUUGCAACAAAGGUCCGGCGUCCGAUAAGGAAGGAUUCGCUGCCCUGGUGACGGAACUGAGUGCCGCUUUUAAACCGAGAGGAUGGUUGUUGUCCGCCGCAGUGUCCCCAAGUAAAGCGGUAAUAGAUGCCGGUUACGAUGUACCCACUUUGAGCAACUACUUGGACUGGAUCGCUGUGAUGACUUACGACUUCCACGGUCAUUGGGACAAGCAGACAGGCCACGUGGCCCCAUUGUAUUACUAUCCAGGUGACACGUAUGACUACUUCAAUGCGAACUUCUCCAUCAAUUAUUGGAUCGAGAAAGGGGCCUCACCCAAGAAGGUGGUGAUGGGAAUGCCACUUUAUGGUCAAUCUUUCAGUUUGGCGGAUACAAACAAGCGAGGAUUCAACGAGAAGACUUACGGUCCUGGCGAAGCCGGAGAAUUCACUAGAGCUGGAGGUUUCCUUGCUUUCUACGAAAUCUGUGAAAGGGUUAAACGAGGAGGCUGGGAAGUUACGAGAGACCCACUUGGACGUGUUGGACCAUACGCGGUCAGAGGAAACCAAUGGGUGUCAUACGAUGACGUUGCCGAAAUCAGGCGGAAAUCCCAAUUGGUCAAGGAUCUCGGUCUGGGCGGUGGUAUGAUCUGGGCCUUGGAUUUGGACGAUUUCAGGAAUAAAUGUGGCUGUGGAAAACAUCCACUAUUGAAGACUAUGAACAAGGAACUGAGGGGCUUACCUUUCAAUGACUUGCAAGAUUGCACAUAAAACUUUAAACGUCAGGUUUUACUUUCUAGUACUGAAUUUGUAUUUUUAAUUUAUUUAGGUCGUAUAUUUGUAUCUGAUCAUUGCUCAGAUAGUUUAAAUGGUAUGAUAUGUGAUUCGACAUAUUUUUCUUCUUUGCGACGUUUUGAGUUACGUUGUAAAGGAUACAAAAUAUUAAUUAGAUGAUAAAUGUAUCGAAUAUUCCUACUUUGUAAGUUUAAUAAACUUAUAAAAAUA